GGUUGGUCUGACUGGAGUUUGACGUCAUCCAAGUGGCUAGGUUAACCAACAAUCUAUGAACUUCUAGGCGAACAAAUAGCAGGAAGCAUAACUCCAACAGUCAAGCUGAAGACUACCAAUGGCUGAGGAGGCGAUUUUAGGUUAUUUACAACACAAUGAGCAAAUCGCAGACUCAGGUGUUUUCGCUGCCAAACGCCAACUCGAUCACAAUGACGUCGUUAAUGUCAUUAAGAGUCUUCACGGCUUUCGUUAUGUGGACGCUCAGAAUAUUAAGAGUGAGACGUGGGUGCUGACUGAUGAAGGUAGAAAAUAUGCAGCUGAAGGAUCACCUGAAUUUCAAUUAUUUAUGGCUUUGCCAGAGGAGGGUAGUAUUUCAAAAGAUGAACUGCAGAAAAGGCUUGAUCCUGCGGUUUUCAAGAUAGGUUGCUCACAGGCAGGAAAGAAUAGAUGGGUGGAGAUGGGAAAGCAAGUUUCAAGAAAGGUUCAAAAUGUGGAAGAUAAAGUCAGAGAAUUGCUGCUACACGUACAAGAAGGACAUGAAAUUAAGCAAGAAGAUAUCAACUCUCUCAAAGCAAGAAAGCUUAUUGUUCUUCAAACCUGGAAGGGCUACUCAGUGACAAAAGGCCCUAAUUAUGCCCCGCAAAGAAAGAAAGUCGCUACAGAUUUGACUCGGGAAAAUCUUCAGAGAGGUGAUUGGAAGGAACUAGAAUUCAAGGAGUAUAACUUCAAUGCUAAAGGACAGCCUGCUGAAGGUGGCCACCUUCAUCCACUGCUCAAGGUACGAAAGCAAUUGAAGGACAUUUUCCUUCAGUUGGGUUUUGAGGAGAUGCCAACAAACAAUUAUGUUGAGAGCAGCUUCUGGAACUUUGAUGCAUUGUUCCAGCCACAACAACACCCUGCCCGUGAUUCACAUGAUACAUUCUUCCUACAAGAACCUUCCACUACAAGGGAACUGCCCGAAGAUUAUGUUAAGUGGGUGAAAAAUGUUCAUGAGGUUGGUGGUUAUGGGUCCAGAGGAUAUGGAUAUGAUUGGAAGAGAGAGGAAGCAAACAAAAACCUCCUGCGAACUCACACGACUGCUGUUUCCUCCAGGAUGCUGAAGGCACUAGCAGAGAAACCAUUUGCCCCCAAAAGGUACUUCUCCAUAGACCGUGUUUUUAGAAACGAAGCUGUCGAUCGAACUCAUCUUGCAGAGUUCCACCAAAUAGAAGGCCUGAUCUGUGAUCGGGGGCUUACGCUUGGUGACUUGAUUGGAGUCCUGAAGGACUUCUUCACUCGUUUGGGCAUGUCCCAGCUGCGUUUUAAGCCUGCUUACAAUCCAUAUACUGAACCUAGCAUGGAGAUUUUUAGCUAUCAUGAAGGCUUAGGGAAAUGGGUGGAAAUCGGGAAUUCUGGCAUGUUCAGACCUGAAAUGUUGCUUCCUAUGGGAUUCCCAGAAGAUGUUCGAGUUAUUGCAUGGGGCCUUUCCCUUGAAAGACCGACUAUGAUACUUUAUGGUUACAAUAAUAUCCGUGAUCUGUUUGGACACAAGGUGGAUCUUGGUCUCAUCAAGGAGAACCCGAUCUGCCGCCUUGGACUCCAGUAAGAUUGUGGUUUUUCUAUUCUUUUCCAAACUCUCGGGUAUACUAGGAAACACCAGGCUCUUUGGCAGCUUAUAGAAUCAUGGAUCUUAGCACAAAGUUACUGGUUUUUGCUCAAGUAAUUUAGAUUAAUUUUAUGCAAGAAGCUCUCAAAUUUUUUUGUCUGCAUAUGACCAGAGGCAUCUUUAUUAAGUAUAAACAUCAUUCAUUUUAUUGCUUGCUUCUGAUUUAGUUUUGUUCAGGCUACUUGUAAUACACAGCGAUACUUGUAAUAUACAAUUUCCCUAACA